GUCACAUAAACAGGUUUUUAUAGAAGCUAUAAAAAAAAUGGAUGGUGGAGAUUUACGGACAAAAUAGGCAGAUAGUGGAGAGUUAGGAGAAAAAGUAGAGGUAGAUUUAUCUAGUCUCUUUAAUAAUAGAUAAAACAACAUGAAAAGUAAAAAUUUGAUAUACUCGACACCUUAAAUAGUUAGCACAAGUAUUUUCUUGUUGUCAUUAUUAUUGUUGUGCCGCCACUUCCAAAAACCCACAUCCCAUCCACUAGCCAGUAACCAGCAAAGGAUAGUUCUCUGCGUGCAUAACAAUGGAGCCAACCCAAAUCCUCGCCGCCGUGUCCGCCGGCCUCACAUUCCUCCUCCUCCUCAUGCGCCACGUUCUCCGGCGAAAAUCCACUCUCCCACUCCCCCCUGGCCCAAGAGGCUACCCACUACUCGGCGCACUCCCACUCAUCGGCCCUGCAGCGCAUGUCUCCCUCGCAAACCUCGCCAAGCGCUACGGCCCCAUCAUGUACAUGAAACUCGGCAGCUGCGACGUCAUUGUCACCUCCACCGCCGCCGCUGUUCGCCCUUUCGUAACAACACUCGAUCUCCAGUUCUCCAACCGCCCAACCACUAUCGCCAGCGCCAAGCACGUUUCUUACAACGGCAAUGACUUCAUCUUCGCCAACUACACUCCCAAAUAUAAACUCUUCCGCAAACUGAGCACUCUCCAUAUGCUAGGCAACAAAGCCAUGACCGGCUGGGCCGACGUCCGGCGAGAUGAAGUCCGGCUGAUGGUCAAGUCCAUGCACGAGAGUAGCCAGUUCGGAAAGCUGGUCAUCGUGCCAGAGACACUGAUAUGUGCGAUGAUGAACAUUGUGGGACGGGUCAUGUUGAGCCAAAGAGUGUUUGAUGCGACGGACCCAGAGUUGGGUUCGUACAAAGAGUUGUUGAAGAAGUUGAUGACUGGUGGGGGGUUAUUUAACAUUGGGGACUUUGUGCCGGCGAUUGCUUGGAUGGACUUGCAGGGAGUGCAGGCUAAGUUGAAGAAAGGGCAUGCUAGGAUGGAUGGUAUGGUGGAGAGCAUGCUGGCACGGCAUGCGGCCACCGCGAAGGAGAGAGAAGGGUGCCCGGAUUUCAUUGAUCUUGUUUUGGGCAGUGAGCUGCGUGAUGAGGAGGGUGAGAAGUUGUCUUAUGUGAACAUUAAGGGCCUUAUUAUGAAUAUGUUCAAGGCAGGCACCGACACUUCCACAAUUAUUGUUGAGUGGGCACUUGCGGAAAUGUUAAAGAACCCUACCAUAUUCAAGCGCAUGCAGUCAGAGAUGGAUACAGUUAUUGGUCAAGAUAGAUUAUUAGAAGAGUCUGACAUUCUCAAUCUCCCUUACCUCCAAGCUGUUGUCAAGGAAGCACUCAGAUUACAUCCAUCCACACCACUUAGCCUACCACAUUACUCAUUUGAGUCAUGUGAAAUCAAUGGUUAUCACAUCCCUGCAAACACUCGUCUUAUUACCAAUGUUUGGGCCAUUGGUAGAGACCCAGAUGCAUGGGACAAUCCAUUGGAGUUUGAUCCAGAUAGGUUUCUACCUGGUGGUAAAGCUUAUAAUAUAGAACCUCAUGGCAAUGAUUUUGAAUUCAUACCUUUUGGAGCUGGAAGAAGGAUAUGCCCAGGGAAACAAACUGGUAUUUUGUUUUUGCAGUAUCUUUUAGGUGCAGUUGUGCAUGGGUUUGAUUGGAGGUUGCCAGAUGGUGAGGUAAUUGAUAUGAAGGAAACACCUGGUUUGGUCAUGCCCAAAACUAUCCCCAUUAAAGCAUUUGUAACUCCUCGUCUUGCAUCCACUGCUUAUCCCCAUUAAAGCAUUUGUAGCUCCUCGUCUUGCAUCCACUACUUAUCUCUAUGAUUGAAGUUUAAUUAAGUUUGUAAGCCUGUUUUUUGUUAUGAAUAUUUUACCAAUAAUUAUAAUGAAUAAAGGUUUGUAGUCUUAUUUUAUUUUA